AAAUAUUUCAGGCGUAAACAUUUUCUUGACAGAUUUUUACAUUUGCAAGCAAAAACUUCAGCGACUCGAAAAGUUCGCUCAAAUAAGCAUUUAAAAUGCACAAUUCCAUUUCACGUUCGUUAUCGGUCGAUACAAACAGUAAUGUCAAUGCCAAAGCGUGUCCAGCGAUAUCAUCUGACAUACUAUGUCAGCCAGUUUACGAAGGAACACGAAAUUCAGGGAUAUAUACGUAUAUAUUUCACCUGUUUUUGUAUUCGAUACCUUUGAAAUACUGUCGCAGAAAAUUUUCCAGCUCUUUUACGUUUAUUAUAAUCUGUGAAGGAUAGAGGAUUCGAUAUAUAGUAGUGACAUCGAGAGUGAGUUCGAAUAGGGGUUGUCUGCAGUGUAGUAAGGGUGCGUUGGGAAGCCUUCACUCGCGCCCAGACCGCCGGCCGAUAUGGGCGUUUCGAGACACGGGAGCACCGCGGGCCCGGCCGAGCACGAGCUCGCGCGAGCGCGUCGACCCCACCUGUUGAUCGUCGACGACUCGAGGGAAACGCGUGCUAGCGAAGUUGCGUGGCAACCCGAGAGCCUCGAGGACCUGUCAGGCCUCCGCAGCAGUUCGGUGGACUACGCCGCCGCGUUACUCCUGGCUGUCAUGGCGGCAGUGUUGCUCGCCGCCGUCGGCUACCACUGCGCCGCCACGUGGCGAUGGAUCGUGGGGAGGUGUGUACGAGGCCGUCGCGCGUCCGAAGAGAGUAACUGCGAUUCCCUAUCUCGCCAAGCAGCUAUACGGAUCAGCCACUCGCUACCAGAUCUACAGACCGAGCCCCUCAAGCAGGAGUAUGUGCAGGAGCAUAAGGACCCGGCUAACAAGAAGGUUUUACGACAAACGACGCUCCCGAUCGUGCCGACGCGUCUACAGACCUUCCAGCGGCAACUCUCCUACCGGCUGGACUUGCCUUCGAUUCAGUUCAGCAUCUGCAGCUUAGAACGAGCUGAUUCAUCUAUUGGACUCAUCAAGCCCGAGCUGUACAAGAACGAGCUGGUUCGUCAGUCGUCCACCGACAGUGCUGAACUGGAAUUCUGCGGCAAACUUCACUUCGCGCUACGAUAUGACCAGGAGGUGGAAGCGCUCGUAGGAAAGAUCUUCGAAGCUCGCGAUCUGCCGAUCAAGGAUGUGACCGGGAGCAGCGACCCCUACAUCAAGGUGUUCCUGCUGCCAGACCGCAAGAAGAAAUUCCAGACCAAAGUGCAUCGCAAGAACUUGAAUCCGGUGUUCAAUGAAACUUUCCUGUUCAGCGUUCCAUACGAGGAGCUCCGUCAGCGCUACCUGCAGUUCUCCGUGUAUGACUUCGACCGGUUUUCGAGACACGACCUCAUCGGCCACGUAGUCCUCAAGGGUCUGCUGGAGUCGGCAGACCUGCACCAGGAGAUUGAGUAUACCAUGAACAUACUCGCUGCGCCACAGGAGAAGAAAGACCUCGGCGAGUUGAUGCUCUCGCUCUGUUACUUACCCACAGCCGGUCGACUGACGGUUACCGUCAUCAAGGGAAGGAACCUUAAGGCCAUGGACAUCAGCGGGUCAUCAGACCCAUACGUGAAAAUCUGCCUUAUCUGCCAAGGCAAGAGGAUAAAGAAGAAGAAAACCACCGUAAAGAAGAAUACACUGAACCCGGUCUACAACGAGGCUCUGGUCUUCGAUCUGCCUUCGGAGAACGUCUUUGAUAUCACGCUGUUGGUCAAAGUGAUCGAUUAUGACAGGAUUGGUUCCAACGAGCUGAUAGGCUGCACGGCCAUCGGCUCCUCCCUAAUCGGCAUGGGUCGCGAGCAUUGGCUUGAGAUGCUGGAUAACCCUCGAAAACCGGUGGCCCAGUGGUACCAGCUCAACAAGAGUCCACCCUCCAACAUCGCGCUACCUACCAAUGACCAGUCGAAUGGCUUGAGCUGCUUAAAUGGAAGAUGAAGAGAUGACUGUGAACCAUCUCAAAAUGGCCGCUAAACAACACAAAAUGGCGCGUCUCCGCAGAAAGCCGCGCCUUCAAAGGACCGGGAAACGUUUUGGAAUUCUCACGAUGCCAAAUGUAUAGGUACCUAUAUAUGUGACUAAAAUAAGGGUUGUAUGUCCAUUUACUGUAGUUUAACGAUUGGUGUUCGGUGAUAUUGAAUCGUAGUGUUAGACUAGGUUAGAUUGUUUGUUACAGUAGACAUGAAUUUAACUCUUAGCGAUUAUUUAUGAUUAGUUUUAGUCGUAGAUACGUAUACCCUUUAUAUAUUUUAUAGUUAAAAGCAUAUCCUGAUAGAUAUCAUGUCAUAUCUUUGUCAUUCAAAAAGUUUUUAUGGAAAUUUGGAGCCUUGAAUGUUUUCUUGUCCCUUCUUGCUCUGGUGGUAUUUAUACACUUUUAUAUUUAUAAACAUAUUUUUAGUAUAUAUACGCACACUCUCUUCAAGACUUGAUCGCGUCAUGUAGAAUUAAAUGUACCUCUAAGUGAUUCAAUGUUGUAAAAUUGUUGUCAGUUGUAACAUACCUGUAAGCAAAGGGUUAAACAGACUUGGUUAGGGGAAGAGUUAGGGGUUAGAUAUAAUCAGGACAUAUGUAAGGCUUACUGACGCCAGUUUGUAUUUUUAUCGUUUCUAUUGUUGGAAAAUUGCAUUAUUUGCAAUUACAGUUUGAAUUGAGGGAUCUAGAAAAAUACGACGGUUUUUUGUUCAUACCGAGUCUGUUUAAACGCCAUUGUAGUAUUUGUAUGUGCUUUGAAAUAGAGAUAUUAUAAUGAAAUAAAUAUUCUAUGAUACCAUUUUACUAAAUGCACAGAACAGUUAAUUUUUUCGAAAUCUUCGUGAAUGUUCGAAACAUUCUUUAGUGUUGGACAAUAAUGUAGAGGGAAAUGUUGCAAGAAAAUCACGAAAUAUGUUUUUAUUUUUCACCUAACGUGCACGAUAUUUAUAAAAAACAUAAUGAUAUUCCUAAUGUAUGUUACCGUCUUUUUAAGAUAAAAUUGAAGCUUUAAAUCGUGUUAAAUAAAUUUUAAGAAUAUAUAUUGAAGGCAAAUGAAUAUUAAAUUGUUUUAUAUAAAGUUGUACUUUUAAUUUAUAUUGGUAUCUUAUAUAUUCUAAUAUAUUUUUGAACAGUAAAACUGUCAGUAUAUAUGUAAGCAAAACCAAGAAAAUAUUUAAGUUUCAUAAGUUAACAAGGGAAUAUAAUUAUAAGUAAGUAAAAGCAUUUUGUUCUAAAAAUAGUUUAAUUUUGUCGAUUAUUUGCUUAAAGCAAAUUAUUUAUACUAGUAAACAUUAAAAAUAAAUAUAAUUGCAAUUUUUAGUUAUCGUCACUUCUGAACAUUUGAAUAAUAUUUAUGUAUUAAUGUGUAGCGACUUAAACGACUCUUUUAUUUUAAAAUCCAAAGAUUUCAAUCAACACCACAUCUUAAUCACGGGUAGAUAAGAAAUAAUUAUUUUAUUUUUCAGUGAGUCGUAGUAGUAUUAAUUUGUAACUUAAAAUUAAGGGCAUAUCUUCUAAGAUUAUAUCUAUACAGAAUCUCUUGAAUACGAAUUUCAAUUGUACUGCCUUUAUAACAAAUAUUGGACUUUAUAUGAAAUAUGUAAAUCUUUCUCUUGCUAUAUUGAGAUAUUGGAAUUACAUUUCUCAUCAAGAGAAUCAUGUAAAACUAAUUAUAAAUGAAAUACAAAAUUAUAAAACACCUGUUUGAGAUUGUCAAAUAUAUUUAAAGAUUAUAAAAUGCCACUCUAGAUGCCACACACAAAUGUCCAAUUUUGCUAUUCUUAUUGUGCAACCGUCGAACCAAUACAAUCAAAUAUACUCGUACAUAUAAAGGUCCACAACUUUACAGCCAUUCUCUUUCUUAGUUCCGUACACGGAAAAAUCACCUUAAGGCCCCGUACGUUCGUGUUCUUCUCUCACUCUCACUGAGCGUAAGUGUGAGCGAGACGGAUGUGCGUGCUCGGGACAGCUAAUAUUAUGUUUUAGAAUUUUAAUUUGUUGUAAGUUUUAAAUAAGAAAAAAGUAAUCGCUGUUCCUUCAAAAAUAAAAUUGCGCAUUUUUAGAAGCAAUUUUCAUACAGCAUAAGCUAAGCAUUUCAUAAAGCUAAAAGCUUUUGUGCAUGAAUAGUUACAAAUUUUCAAAGUGCGCUAUAGACCCAUGUUUUUCUUAUCGAGCGAAAGUUCAUUAAAAUAGGAUUCGAAUCUCUGAAAUCCCUGAAGAAAAUCCUCAAAAUUGCUAAUUAAAUUUUUAGCAAUCGUAUUUUGAUACAAAAAUGCGGUACAAUUUAUCAAGAACUCCGUUCUCUAAACCUACGGCACCUUAAAACUUGUUAGAACUCUCGUAGAACACUAAGAACUAAAUUGUAAACUUGUAUCAAGCUUUUGUGAUACAAUCAUAGUUUUAAGGCAAAUAUAUCAUAUGUUCUAAACUGAAUUGUUUGUCGUGUUUAUACAAUUUCAUGUAGUUCUACUAAUGUUAAUGUAAACUCUUAGUUUACCUAUUUAACACGAACCUAGUUCUGAAUGUUUACUUGGGAUGGGGAGAGCGUUCAU